AUGGUGGUUUUGUGGUUUUCUUCUCACAGCCCCGGUUUGCAGAAGGUGAACGUUGCAGAUUUGGGUUUUACUUUGAGGGAAAGCCUGAAACCCCAGAAGAAUUAUGUCUUUUACUGUCAAUCCUGUGGUGACAUCAUAGCAAAAGAUCGGAAAUUUCUCAGAGUUCUUCCUCUACCAAGUGAAAACUGGAGUGCUUUAGUUGAAGAGUGGUGUUGUCACCCUAACCCCUUUGCCAGAAGCAAUUUGCAUCCUCAGCAUGAUGACUGUUUUCUUGGAGACACUUUUUUUCUGUUGAAUUCAGGAAAUGAAUCACAUGUGCCCGAACCUCCCAUGUGCUGCUCCGAGACUGGACACCAUGCUUCUCAGAGUGGCUCCAACUUGAAGUCAAAGGAAAAUACCAGAGUAAUUUGUAAGCGCUGCAAGACAAUGCUUGGAGAAACAGUGUCAUCAGAUACCAUUAAAUAUUAUGUCACCGAAGUGAUUAUUCAACCAUCUGAGGGAAGUUUCAGCCCAACACCAAGGUCUCAAUUCAUACAGAGCAUGGUUGCUCAGUGUCUUGUGGAAUUGUCCUCUGCUAAAAGUACGUUUAGAUUCACCGUAAAAGGAGAUAAUGGAAAAAACUAUAUUCUGAUAUGGCUUUUAAAUUCUGACACAUUGCUGGUGGAGUCUUUAGGAAGUUCCUCUUCCCACAGUGGUUUUACACUGUUCGGAGAUAUUUUCAUGCCUAGCUGUGGACCAGUGGGGACCUGGAAUGCUGUCAAAGUCCUUUACCAGCCAUGCAUUAAAAGCAGGAAUAAGGAGUAA